UACCACUGAUGAACUUUAGUGUUACGUUCCCUACUUUUUUUGGUAAAAACUUUAAUUUAAACUAGAAUUAUGUUUAUGCCUGUGUGGGCAUAAAAAGUAACAUUAGCUUGAUACACUAUCGAAACAUAUUUCAAUACCGGUUUAAUGUUUAGGUGAUAGUGUAACAACAUCAUGUCCUUGUUUCGUAAACCGAAGAAGAUCCAGAGACGAGUUUUUUGUGCUGACGAUGAAGAAGACGGUGAGCCGGAGGCACCUGUGCCGCCGCCGCCGCCGAUUAUUAGUAAUUCAAGGAAGGAAAACAAACAAGUAAAAGUAACAACGCUAUUGAGUUUCGCCGAUGAAGAGGAAGAGGGCGAAGUAUUCAAGGUGAAGAAAUCAUCGCAGAGCAAGAGAUUGAGUAAACGGAGACAGAAAGAAAAACAACGCACAGAUGGUGAUAGUAAUAAAUAUGACAAUCACAUGGUCGAGGAGAAACCGUCGGAGGAGAUAGAAGAACCGAGGAAGAAGGUUACCCUCGAGGGUCUGAUCCUGUCAGGGCGGGAGGCGUUGUCCGCGGACGGGGCGGGGGACAUUUCCGAAGACAGCGAGGAAGAUAACAGGGGGUUCCACACGUACCGAGCCGAGAGCGUGCGGGCGGCGCUCGCCGGCGCGGGGGGAAUCCCCGACGCCGCGCUCAUACACGCCGCGCGCAAGACCCGACAGCAGGCUCGUGAGUUGGGUGACUUUGUUCCCAUCAAGAAUGAUGGCGGCUCCAGGAUGAUGAGAGAUGAUGACGCUGAUGACGAUGACGAUGAUGAGGCAGACGAGGGCCGGAUACAGGUCAGGGGGUUGGAACUGCCAAGCGAUAGACCCGAACGUGGUACAACAGCCGCCGCGUCUGAUGAUGAAGCUCAAAGUGAAGGAGAGGAGUGGGAGGAGCAGCAGAUUAAGAAAGCUGUGCCCUCAAUAGCUGAUAUUACAGGUGAUUGUAUCCCACUGAAUCCGUUCGCUGUCCCUCCGCCCCCGGACACGCCGCGUCACCUGCGGUCCCUCGCGCGCCCGGGACAGCCUCCGCCAGCUACCGCGCAACAACUCGUAGAGGCGCUACGAGACAGGCUGUCAGAGCUUCACGAGAGUCGUGCGAGAACAGCGCAGCGUAUGUAUCAUUUACAAGAGCGAGCGUCUAACGCGGCCGCCAAGCGUGAGAGGUGUAAGGGGUUGUGCUCGGAACUCGACCGCAGAUACAAGAGGGCGCAGGCGGCCAGGGGGUACAUCACCGACCUCGUGGAGUGUCUGGACGAGAAGAUACCUCAACUGCAAGCGUUGGAGGCCCGGGCCCUGGCGCUUCAUCGCAAGAGACGCGACCUGCUGGUGGAGAGGCGGAGGGCCGACGUGCGCGACCAGGCGCAGGACGUGCUCGCACUCGCCGCUCGCGCGGGGUCAUCGAAGCCGGUGGACAGCGAGGAGAAGCGUCAGCGUACUGCGGAGCGCGAGGGCCGGCGGCGGGCGAGGCGGCUCAGGCGACAGGCGGCCGGCAACAACCAGCACAGGGACGGGGACUCCAGCGACGAUGACCUGCCCCCAACCCUGCACCAUCACUGUCAACAGGAGGCGGACGCGAUCCGCUCUCUGUCGAGUCAGUUGUUCGCGGACACGUUGUCGGCCUACCGCAGUGUGCAAGGAGUCUGCGGUCGCAUGGCAAGACUAAGGCGGACGCGCGGGCUGUACACGGACGCGUACGUCGCACAAUGUCUGCCGAAGUUACUGGCGCCGUAUGUCAGACAUCAGCUGAUCCUCUGGAACCCGCUCGCUGACGAAGACAACGAGGACUACGAGAAGAUGGACUGGUACAAAUGUCUCAUGAUGUACGGCUGCAAGUCCGAGCGUCUGUCCAGCGAUUCAGAGCAGUCUUCCUCCGACGAGGUUUCCGUGACCGAGCUGGCCGUGAGAGACGACCCCGACCUGCUGCUGGUACCCACGAUCAUAGACAAGGUCGUACUGCCCAAGAUCACCGAGCUGGUGGAGCACGCGUGGGAUCCGAUGAUGGUCCGCGCGUGUGUGCGCCUGCGUCAGCUAUUGGAGCGGGCCGGUCGCCUGCCCGUGCGGAGCGCCCUGCCUCGCCUGGCGACCACCGCCCGCGCCGUACUCACGGCCUCUAUCAACGCUGAUGUCUUCCUACCUACACUACCGCCUCAUAUCGUGGAAGGUCCCGGGUCUUCGUUCUGGCGUCGUUGUCUCGGAGCCGGCGUCCGUCUGCUGCGCGCUGUCUUGUGUCUGUGCGCUCCUCCGCCCGCGCUCGCCGCACAUUCCGUAGCACUAGCCGUCAUAGAGAGCCUGUGCUGUGCGGCGGGCGCGGCCCCCGGUCCGUCGAUGGCGGCUGCGGCUAGUGCUCUAGCCGAGACCCUUCCCCGCUCGGGGCCGGUUCGCGCGCCCGCCCUCGCACGCCUAGCCACCCUCGCCACACUCGCACUGUCCAGGCUACACACAGACAACCCUUUGCAUUUGAAAGCAUUAGAGCAAGCGCGGAGUGUGAUAGCCGAGGCGCGCUCUGUGGAAUGACGUCACUGUACACUAUCAGAGUAUAGGAUAUCAACAAAUUGACAUGUGUUGUAGAAGAAUUAUAUUAUACAACAAAUUACAAAUAAAAACUAAUAUUUUUGA